ACCAUCCCCCUCUUCCUCCGCGAGUCACCCCCACCUCCGCCCGCCGCCCCGACCCACUCCGGUCCGGUCCGGGGGCUGUCCUGUCCGUCCCUCUGUCGGCGGUCGCUGUUCCCAACCAAAUCUUCCUCCCCCUCGUCGUCAGCCAGCCAGCCCGCCCCCCUUGACCGUCACCGCCUCCACCCUCUCCCUUCUCCCACCCGCGCCGCCAACGCGGCUGAUCCUCCUGCUCCAAGAGCCUCCAACCCUACCCCCUCGCUCCCCACCUUUCCUCCGCCGGGGGCCCGCCCAUGGCGGAGAUCGAGGUGGUUUCCGAAGGCGGCGGCGGCAGGCGGGACGAGGACGAGGAGCGGCGGCGGCGGCAGGAGGAAGGUGCGGGGCAGCCGGCGGACCCCGUGGUGGACGUGUACUCGGCGGCGGCGUACGGGGACCUGGAGCGGCUCCGCGGCUUCGUCGAGCAGGGCGGACCCGCCGCCGCCGCGCUCAGGGAGCCCGACGGCAACGGCUACCACGCGCUCCAGUGGGCCGCGCUCAACAACUACCCGCACGUCGCGCUCUACAUCAUCGAGCACGGGGGCGACGUGAAUGCGACGGACCACGCGCGGCAGACAGCGCUGCACUGGGCGGCCGUGCGUGGCUCCACUUCCGUAGCAGAUGUGCUGAUGGAGCAUGGCGCCAGGGUCGAGGCCGCCGACGUCAAUGGAUACCGGGCAGUCCACGUUGCAUCUCAGUAUGGCCAAACAUCAUUCUUGCAUCACAUCAUCUCAAAGUACGGUGCAGAUUUUGAUGCUUUGGACAAUGAUGGGAGGAGCGCUUUGCACUGGGCUGCCUACAAAGGAAACGCAGACACAAUCAGAUUACUGCUAUUUAUGGAUGCUAAUCAAGUAAGGCAAGACAAAAAUGGUUGUACCGCUUUACACUGGGCUGCUAUAAGAGGGAAUUUGGAGGUUUGCACAGUUCUUGUACAUACUGGUACAAAAGAAGAACUCACACUUAAGGAUAGUGGUGGGUUAACUCCUGUGCAACUUGCAGCAGAAAAAGGUCAUCGGCAUCUUUCCAAUAUCCUUUCUAAUGCUACAAAAGUAAGCUUUGAAGACAAGUUCUUCCCUGGGAAAUCGAGGAAAUUUGGAUACGCCCCUUUCUUGUUUGCUUAUCUUGUCGUCUGCCUCAUCCUUUUCCUAAACUCGAUUGUAUUUGCACCUAAUUUUUCUAGGAUCACUGCUACUGCUGGUCUUUGGUCUUGGGCUGCCGUAUCACUUUUCUUCGCAUCACAAGUAAUGUUCUACAGAGUUAGCAGAAAAAAUCCUGGCUACAUCAAAGCAAAUUCCAAGCGAUCUGAUCCAAAGGAGCCACUUAUGGAAAUUGAUCUUACCAAUUCCUCUACAUGGACAGGCAAUUGGUCUCAGCUAUGCCCUACUUGCAAGAUAAUUCGACCUAUGCGCUCCAAACAUUGUCCAACUUGUAAGCAUUGUGUGGAGCAGUUUGACCAUCACUGCCCAUGGAUAUCAAACUGUGUCGGAAAGCAAAAUAAGUGGGAUUUUUUUGUGUUUCUUUGGAUGGGGAUAGCUACAUCCUUUCUGGGUGCUGCUGUUGGAUUUCACAGACUUUGGACAGAGCCCAUUAUACUCUCAUCUUCAGAAACAUGGAUGCAUUUCAUGGUGACAAAGCAUCCUGGUGCUGUAUUGUUCAUGUUUCUGGAUGUCUUCUUGUUAACUGGAGCUCUUAUUCUGACUGGAGCACAAGCAGUACAGAUAGCACGGAACUUGACAACUAAUGAGGUAGCGAAUCGAUCUCGCUACACAUAUCUUCGAGGGCCUGAUGGGCGUUUCAGAAAUCCUUACAGUCGGGGUUGCCAGAGGAACUGCACUGAUUUCCUUAUCAAUGGAUACAGCAAUGAUGAGGAGAUUGCAUGGCCAACACUUCAACAAACAGUUCAGGGAAGAUAGAGGUACUGAUCGAGGAAACAAAAGUUCAGUGGCAGAUUAUAUGCCCAAGAUCCCUGAAAAGCACAUGCUUUCAUCUUAGUGCUGGGAAAUAUUUCAGUUUGUUCAGACAAUGGAUUGACAAUGUUGUGAAGAUCGACUUCCUUGGGUCACAUUCUGAGUGGCUGGCGGCACCCUUUCAUACAGGUCUUUAGACGGUGCUGUGGAUCAUGGGAUUGUUUGAUACUGCAGAUUGUUCGCAUGCGUGGGUGUGCAGUAUGAUAUCUUUUCCCUGGCUACGACUUCGCUUGGACAAGCCAAUUAUUUAUGUUGUCGAGAUGAGUUCUGAUAGAGUGAUAGAUGUGAAUGCGGGUUUUAUGAUCUCUGUAGUAAAUUGAAAUCACAAUCUUUACUCCAUUCACGAAAUAUACAGGGGGCAACAGGGCAAAGUACAAGCAUGCACCAUAUUGUGGAUUUUGUCUUGUAUUAUAUUGACCAAUAGCUGACUUCUGUUGUAGUUGCACAUUGGUUUACCAAUGACGUUUAGCAAUCCGGCAAGGAUGAUGAAACUGCAAAAAUCAAAUGACACAUCGGCUGUUGACGUGA